AUGUUUGCGACGGCGCCGCAGAGUGCAGGAGCGCAUCGUGGCGCCAUUUAUGCUGUCUCUGCAGCUCUGAGCUCCGCGUUUGUUGCAUGGGCCGUCCACAAAUGGUGGAAGCAACGGUACCGGGAGACAGGCGACGAGGGGAUAUUUGACGACAUUGAGGAGUCCCCGCUCUUUGACCUCAACGUGAUGUUCCCGGCGAAGUCGACAGUAGCGGUGAGGGCUUCCGACACCGGGACGGGCGUGGGGGGCGCAGGCCUCGUCUCCAUAGCUGAGCGUGAGGAGGCGCUGCGGAUGGCGCGGCACCUUGUGUCGCAGCUGUGUGGUGAGGGGGACGAUGCAGCAAAGGGUUCGGAGGGAAGCGCCAGCUCGGACGAGGAGACGAACGUGUCUCUGAACUACCGCAUUGCCACAGAACUGGAAAGGGAGGCCCGCGACGGCCUGGUGGCGACAGUGGUUCAUGGCGAGCUGCUAAAGAUGCAGGCGCAGGGUAAUAGCAUCGACCCUGGCGAGUGUGAGAAGGUCUUGAGAAAGCUGGUAGAAUACUUUGACAUCUCGAAUGAGCGUGAGAAGCUGCGCGGGCGCCGCAUCGCACUGCACCAGGCAGGGGCGCCUAGUAAUGGCUUCCCAUGGGCGAAUACAGAUGGCUACAACGAUCGCAUCGCCCAACACAUGGCGAAGAUCAAUGAAAGAUACGGCGAUUUCUUUUCUCGUGAGGGGGAGCUGGAGCAGCGCCUGCGUGCACCCGAAGAAGGCCUGAAGGAGCGCUUUGAGGUGGGCUGGGGGGGCGACGACGAUGACGACGAUGACGCUGACUUCAUGGAUUACCUCGACGAGGACGAUGCGGCGGGGUACGGCAGCCGAAUGGAGUAUCGCAUGGGGGCUGCGGGGAGAGAGAACCUGCAGAUAAUGGGUGUGGACCGUGGUAUGCUCUACGGCGACGAGGAAGAGGAUGGGGAGUUUGAGGAGGAGGAAGAGGACUCUGACGAUGUGGACGAAAAGGCCGGUUUCGAGCGGAUGCUGCUUGACAAGCUUCGUCAGCUGGCAGCGAGCAUUGGGGAGAGGACGCCGGCGCCACCUCGCCGCACUGGACCGAUGGCUGUUCCUGGUGUAGAGCGGCACGCGGGGGAGGAGGAGGAGGGAGGCAGCGAGGAUGAAUGGGAAACGGCGAGUGACGAGGAGGAGGCCGACGGCGGCGGGAGGAAGGAGAAUAACUAA